AUGAACACCCGCUCUUCUCCACCUCCACCUGAACCCAUUUCAUCGUCUCCGCCACCCGCUUCCCCACAAUGCAUCCCCCCCGAUUCGCCUCAAUACAACACCUCAGAUCACAAUCACCAACGACAGGCACUUCCUCCUCCUUCCUUCUCCAGGAUAGCUUUUAACGGCAACGGAGCACCUGCAUCGCAUGUCAAUGCGCUAGAAGGUUCAUUGGCCACGAAAUCGUUGACUCGCGGUCAUAUCAACGAGGCCAAUGGAGAAAAUGGGCUGAACGUUUCUCUCCACCAUCCUCUCUUGUCAUUGUCCGACUCAUUUGCGGCAGAAACAUACUCGCCGCCCGGGGACGAGAGGCCUGUGGCAGGACAGAGCAUCUCAAAUGGGUUUCAUGGGCAAGAAAGCACGAACGAGAAGGCGAAGGCCUCUAGGAACUCAAAGCAGAGAAGUGAAGCUCAGAAGUACAACAAAAGCUCUGCUUCAUAUCCAUCGUCAUACUACUGCCAGCAUGCAGAGACGGUUGUGUUGCGAACGGACUUCUCGACCAACGGCAUCUCACACAGGCGGCUUGAGUUCAUGCCAAUGUCACUCGUCCAAAGUCCCCCACCUCAUCAUCCGCUGUCGAUCGGAGGGCCGAUCAAGGCAAGAAAGGGGAUGCGAGUCAUCCUCACCAAGGAGGGCUCCAAGGCGUUCGACGAACAGUUCCACAACAUCUCCGGUGGAGGAAUCGGGACCAUCAGCAAAGUGUUGAACAACGGAAUGAUGUGUAAGGUAGUGUGGGAUAAUGAUCCCAAGCAGCUUGAACACUGCUAUCGCACUGGGAGGUUCUCCAGGUUUGAGCUUGCGCUCUACGACUCAGCGCUUCUUGCUUCCAUCCCCCGUUCUGCUGGAAACUCUCCUGACAAGCUUCUGACAACAGCGGAGGUAGGAAGCAACGGCUUGAGAUUCUCUGUUAUGAAGUCGAUGUUGCCCGCAGACUCUCUGGUUGCGAGCCAAGAAGGUUAUCAAGACCAGGACCUCGAUCCAGUCACUCUAGAGCUGCGCAAGCAUGGCAUCUUUCCUCCCCCGGCAUCCUCCCGUCAGCGAGCUGCCAACUCUGUUCACUCGGACUUCGAGGGGGUCCCGAUGACCUUGAGGACGUCGAGGCUCAAAAGGCUAUUCGAUCGCGACAGAGAUGGCUUCUUCACCUGCGUCUUCACCUCGGAGAUUCAGCAGAAGCUGAAGAACUCAACCCGCGAUGUAUCAGGAGAUUCUACUCAAAGGUCAGAGGUCAACAUGGCAUGGGCCUGA